AUGGCUCACAAUCGUAUCAAGAACGUUGCCAUCGUCGGUGCGACGGGUCACUGCGGUCAAUACAUGACGCAAGCCAUUCUUGACGCCGGAAAACACACGUUGACGGCUCUGACUCGGGCUGAAAGCGAAGCUCAAAUUCCAUCUGGAGUGAUUCGCAAAGUCAUCGAUUACAACAAGGCAGAGACCAUCACUGAAGCUCUCAGAGGUCAAGAUGCCUUGAUCAUCACCUUGCCAGGCCUUGUCCCCUUUGAGACCGAGGUGGCUCUGAUGAAAGGCGCAAACGAGGCAGGCGUCCGCUGGAUUUUGAAUGACUGGGGUGUGGACAGCGUGAACGAAAAAUUAGUUGAAGAUGUUUCCGCUUUUGAGAAGAAAGUGAAUGUACGCAAGGUCUUUCAAGAGCUGGAUGACUGCAACUAUAUCAGCUUAUCGACUGGUUUCUGGUAUGAAUGGAGCUUGUCAUCCGCUAUGGCAUUCGGAAUCGACUUACUCAAUCACUCUGCUACAUUAUUUGACGAGGGAGAGACUCGAAUCACCGUUUCUACAUGGCCCCAGGUCGGUCGGGCAGUCGCAGGUAUUCUGAGUCUACCAAUCAAUGCUGAGGGCUCUGGAAGCUGUUUGGAAGACCUAAAGAACAAAGUCUUAUACCUGCGGUCUUUCACCGUCAAUCAGCAAGAGAUGCUCGAGUCUGCAUGUCGAGUGACGGGAACGAAGAGGGAGGAUUGGAAGAUCACUAGAGAGCCGUCCAGCAAACGGUAUGAGGAGAGCAAACGCCAGAUGCAGGAAGGGAAUUUCGAAGGAUUUGUGAAGAUGAUGUACACCCGAGUUUUCUACCCCGAUGGCUGUGGAAAUGUCGAUCACAAGGGAACGGUGAACAAGCUUCUCGCUCUCCCGGAAGAGGAUCUUGAUGCGGCCACAAUGGCGGCUCUGGAAAGAGCAAAAGCUCAAGCCUGA